AUGGCUACUGCCAAAAAGAGGUGUCAGUCCUCCAGCUCCCUCCUACUAUCCAGACCGGGGGAGGGACAGCAGCAGGUGACGACUGCAGGGCCGGGGGCUAUAAAUAGGGGCGCACGUCAGCCGCUGGCCUGAGCCGCGGGGCAGCAGGCAGGGGCCUGGAGGGCAGGGGCCGGUGGCGCCAUGGGGUCGCGAAGGGCCCCGAACCGCGAGUGGGGCACGAGCGUAAGGUCUGGGGCGGGGUGCGACGGUGAGGACGACGGGCCUGUGUGGAUCCCUAGCCCUGCCAGCCGCAGCUACCUGCUCAGUGUGCGGCCUGAGACCAGCUUAUCAAGCAACCGGUUGUCUCACCGCAGCUCUGGAAGGAGCACCUUCUGCUCCAUCAUUGCUCAGCUAACAGAGGAGACCCAGCCGCUAUUCGAGACCACGCUCAAGUCCCGGGCUGUGUCCGAGGACAGCGACGUCAGGUUCACCUGCAUCGUUACAGGAUACCCAGAGCCAGAGGUUACCUGGUACAAGGACGACACCGAACUGGACCGCUACUGUGGCUUGCCAAAAUAUGAGAUCACUCACCAGGGCAACCGCCACACCCUGCAGCUCUACAGGUGCCAAGAAGAAGAUGCUGCCAUCUACCAGGCCUCUGCCCAGAAUGCCAAGGGCAUUGUAUCCUGCUCAGGGGUGCUGGAGGUAGGCACCAUGACCGAGUUUAAGAUCCACCAGCGUUGGUUUGCCAAGCUGAAGCGCAAGGCUGCGGCCAAGAUGCGGGAGAUCGAGCAGAGCUGGAAGCAUGGCAAGGAGGCAGAAGGGGAGGCUGCCGACACCCUGCGGAAGCUCAGCCCUGACCGCUUCCAGCGAAAGAGGCGGCUCAGUGGGGCUGAAGUGCCCGUCCCCUCAGGCCCUCCUAGGGAGGCUGAGGGUGGGACCCCCACAGCCUGGCAAGAGGGAGAGACUGAGCCUGCUCAGCACCCAAGCCUGGGCCUGAUCAACAGUUUUGCUUCUGGGGAGGUGACUACCAAUGGGGAGGCAGCCCCCGAGAAUGGGGUAGAUGGGGAGCAUGGCUUGUUGACGUACAUCUGUGAGGCUAUGGAGCUGGGGCCCCAGAGACCUCCUAAAAAGGAGUCUGGGGCCAAGAAGAAAAAGAAAGAUGAGGAACCUAAGCAAGGACUGCGCAAGUCAGAGUUAGAGAAGGCAGCCCGAGGACAUCGUUCUUCUGAAAACUAUGUCCCCAGUUCAGACAAGACUGACUCCUGUGGGGUACAGCAGUCUAUGAACACGGAGCAGGUUCAGACUCGGCCCAGAGGUAGGGCCUCACAGGGGCUUGGGUCCUCUGAAGCAGAUGGUGUUAGGAAGCCAGCCUCCACUAUGAGCACUCAAGACAAGGCCCAGGAUGCCCCUGCUGUGGCCCCUGUUCCAACCUCUGUCCCUCCCUUGACCCCUGCCCCUGCCCCAGGCCCUAUCCCUACUCCAGGUCUAGGCAAGGAAGUAUACUUCUCCCUAAAGGACAUGUAUCUGGAGAGUACUCAGGCAGCCAGGCCUCAGGAGGAGGGGUCUCAACUCCCAAGUGGCAAAGCACCCAGAGAGAUACCUUUGGGGAAAGUACCUGGCCAGGCAAGAGUUGAGAAGGAGCUUGCUGCACCUGGCCCGAUCACACCUUCCCUGGCCCCCCAGCCAAUGAGGCCUUUCAACAGGAAGAGAUUUGCCCCUCCGAAGCCAAAAGGGGAACCCACCACCAACAGCCAUCCUGACUCUUCCCUGGGUCAGCCUUCAGAACCUGAGCCUCAGGGCUUAGAGAAGUCCCCUACUCAAGCCUCUGCUCCAGUGCCAACACCCCCUGCCCGAAGGAAACACAGCACCCGGGACAGCCCCCUGCAGGGGCGAGCAGGCCAUAGGACUCCAGGAAAGGCCUCAGAGUCCCAGGGAAACAUGGUUCCCAUCACGUCGGCCAGCAGUAGCUGUGGUGUAGCAUCCCUUGGUCCCAGCAUCUCCAGAAAUCAGGACACAAUUGAGCCCAUGGAUACAGAAACCCAGGAGGACAGGAGAACCUCUGCUGACUGGAGAACAGGAGGCAACAAGAAUGUACAGGUGGAUGGGAAGACACAAAUGGAUGAGAGGAUGCUGACAGAUGGGCAGGUACAGGGAGCCAGAACACAAACAACCCAGAGGACACUGGCAGAGAGGAAGACACAGGUGGAUGUUGUGACACAAGACAGUGUGAGGACACAGGCAUACAGGAGUUCACAGGAGUAUGUGGAGACACUGGGAAGGGUAGGGGCACAGGUAGAAAGAACACAGGCAGGUGAGAAGACACAGGAAGACAGGAAGAUACAGGCAGAUGAGAGGACACAAGAAGACAAAAGGAUACAGGGAGAAAAGGAGACACAGUCAGAGGAGAACAUACCCACAGCCGUAGAAGUUCAGCCAGAGGAGAAGUCCAUGAGCAGCCUCAGCCCACAGUCCAAAGCCCCUUCAUCCCCACCUUCAGAGGACCCUAGGCUGCCUCAGAUUACGAGAUGCUUUGAGCAGACCCCAGAAGGGUCCUCUUUCCUAGAAAAACCUGGUUUUGUACUCAGCUCUGAGGAGGCAGCAGUAGUAGCCUCCAGAAACCAUGAGGAAACUGUGCUGGGCCCCCUGUCAGGGAGCGUCACACUCCCAGCACAGCUGCCUCGUGAGGAAAACUUGGAGCAAAUGGGAGGAGAGAGAUGUCAAGGGUCGAGGUGGCCAAGGCCAGCCAAGGACAAGACAGAGGAUGGCUCGGUCCAGUGCCCCAAGGAGAACCAACCAAGAGAAGUGCUGUCAGUUGAUCCGAGCAGCCUGAGCCCAGAGGUACCCACCAUGUCCUCUCUUCCUGGGACUGGCUUGACCAAUAGCCCACCAGAGGGGCUGCCCAGCACCCUGACUUCUCAGCACAUGAACACAGCUGCCUUAUUGCCCUCUGGAGCCCAGGCCUUGAUUGGGUCUGCCCCUACACCACACCUGGGGUCAGAGAUCCUACCAGAAACCAUGGCUACUAGCACCGAGGGGGCCUGUGCCGAGGUGCCAGAUGCAGAGGGUAGGACCUCAGGCCCCCGAAGCUGUGACCCUGGCCUCAUAGAUUCCCUGAAGAACUACUUGCUUCUUCUGCUGAAGCUAUCUGGCACAGAGACAAGUGGAGGGGCGGCACAGUCCCAGGCAGGUAUGACCUCUGGGGCACCAGCAUCCUCGCCCACUCUGGUCCCUACCGUGGAAGUGGCUGGCCUGAGUCCCCAGACGUCACGGCGUAUCCUGGAGCGUGUGGAGAACAACCAUCUGGUGCAGAGUGCACAGACCCUGUUGCUGAGCCCCUGCACCUCCCGUCGUCUCACCGGUCUCCUGGAUCGUGAGGUGCAGGCUGGCCGGCAGGCCUUGGCAGCUGCCCAGCGCUCCCAAGGCCCUGUCCCCAGCCUCCUCACUGUCCCCACCAUUGUGGUAGGCGGGGAGGGCCCUGGGCCAACCUCAGAAGAAGGAUCCAGUGAGGGUGAGGGAGAAGUUUCCUUUGAGGGGCCUGACCUAGGGGCCACCCUGGAGAGCAGCAUGGGUGGGCCAGCCCGGCGGGUGGGCGGGCAGGCAGCCUCUGGGCAGGAACUACUCUCAGCAGAUAGCAGAACCCAGGAGCCCUUCCAAGAGGAGGAGGCUCCAGGGGAGGCUCUGACAGGUCUCCCUGCAGCCACACCUGAGGAGCUGGCUCUAGGGGCCCGGAGGAAGAGAUUUCUCCCUAAGGUCAGAGCAAUGGGAGAAGGGGAGGUGGCCAAGCCUGAAGAAAGGGAGAGCUCCACAGUUUCCCCCCGGGGACCCAGGAAGAGCCUGGUGCCUGGGUCCCCGGGGUCUCCGGGGCGAGAAAGACGCUCCCCUACCCAGGGCAGGAAAGCAGGUCUACUGGAGGUGCCACGGGCAGAGGAGGAACCAGCGCCAGGAGACCUGGGCACCAGCACCAAGGCCAGUGGCCUAGACGCAGAGCCGGCACUGGAUGAAGGCAAGCAGGAUGCUCUGGCCAAGCCCAAGAAAGCCAAGGACAAAGCCAAAGACUUACUCAAAGCUCCACAGGUGAUCCGGAAGAUUAGGGUGGAACAGUUUCCUGAUGCCUCCGGCAGCCUGAAGCUCUGGUGCCAGUUCUUCAACAUUCUUAGUGACUCAGUCUUGACAUGGGCCAAGGAUCAGCACCCAGUGGGUGAGGUGGGCAGGAGUGCUGGGGAUGAGGGGCCAGCAGCCUUGGCCAUAGUGCAGGCGUCCCCAGUGGACUGCGGCAUGUAUCGGUGCACCAUCCAGAAUGAGCACGGCUCAGCCUCCACCGACUUCUGCCUCAGCUCCGAGGUGUUGUCAGGAUUCAUCUCCAGAGAAGAAGGUGAAGUUGGAGAAGAGAUUGAGAUGACCCCCAUGGUGUUUGCUAAGGGUCUGGCUGACUCUGGCUGCUGGGGGGACAAGCUCUUUGGGCGCCUGGUGAGUGAGGAGCUCCGAGGGGGUGGACGUGGGUGUGGCCUUCAGAAAGCCUCCCAGGCCAAGGUCAUCUACGGGCUGGAACCUGUCUUCGAGUCGGGCCGCACCUGCAUCAUCAAGGUAUCCAGCCUGCUUGUAUUUGGGCCAAGCAGUGAGACUUCUCUCCUGGGCAGAAACUACGAUGUCACCAUCCAGGGGUGCAAGAUCCAGAACAUGAGUCGCGAGUACUGCAAAAUCUUUGCAGCUGAAGCCCGGGCCGUGCCUGCCUUUGGAGAGGUGCCUGAGAUCAUCCCACUGUAUCUGAUCUACCGACCUGCAAAUAAUAUCCCAUAUGCUACCCUGGAGGAGGACCUGGGCAAGCCCCUGGAGUCUUACUGUUCCCGGGAAUGGGGCUUUGCUGGGGCCCCAGCAGCAUCUAGCAGCUCUGAAGUCAUACAAAAAUGCCAGACCUUCCAGCACUGGCUUUAUCAGUGGACAAAUGGCAGCUUCCUUGUCACAGAUUUGGCAGGGGUUGACUGGAAGAUGACUGAUGUGCACAUUGCCACCAAAUUACGAGGGUACCAAGGCCUCAAGGAGAGCUGUUUCCCUGCCCUGCUGGACCAGUUUGCCUCCUCACACCAGUGCAAUGCCUACUGUGAGAUGCUGGGGCUAAAAUCCCUCAAGGGCUCUGAGGCUGCCCAUGCCCAAGCAAAGGCCAAAGGCUCCAAGAGUCCAUCUUCUGGCAGGAAAGGUACCCAGUUGAGUCCUCAGCCCCAGAAGAAAGGCCUGCCCAGUCCUCAGGGCACCCGCAAGAAUGCUUCAAUCUCCAAGGCCACUCCUCAGGCCUCAGAGGCAGUCACUGCCCAGUUAUUGGGACAGCCUGCCAUCCAUGAAAGGAGCUCUAAGGCCCAGGGCAUGCGGUAG